AUGCAAGACGCGAAACCCGGACCUGCGGCUCUCCAGCCGACGAAGGCAUUCACUGUCAAAGUUCGAAGGAGCAGACAUGACAGACCCAACCCCGACAACGAGGAUUCUGACGAGGAAGUCAACCUCCAGGUUCCAGACCCGAACAUUCCGCUCGACCUUCUAGACAAGCCCCUGCAAGAGUGGACUGACCCCGCGAUGAUGUUCCUCCCAGCCCAAGACGGCGACGAUGCUGCAACCUCCCUCCCUCCUUCCUACGAAAACCAUACCGCACCAGCUCAUCGUCUCUUCACUGUCUGGCCGAAUCUCGACGAAUAUGGCAAGACUGUUGUUCUCAAAGAACUCACAGAUCAUCUGAAGUCGUUCCAACUAGCAUGCAACUUACUCGAACUGCAACCAAGUGAGGUCGAGAGCUUCCUGCGAAAGUACGUAGAGGACCGGCACCAUGCUCAACAGUGGCGACAGGGCCUCAACACCAACCAAUCACCCUUGGUGCGCAUCAGAGCCGUGUCGGUAGCCCUCGCGCGCGAGUUCCUCGCUUUCAUGGGGCUGGGCGACUACAUGGACGCUGUUGGCUCGUGGGAGAACUGCAAUAUUGCCUGGCCUCCCGAGAUCGACAUUACAGACUCCGAUGAGAGAGGACUGGGACACUCACGGAUACAAUUCCCAGUCCAAGACCCAAUUCUGGCAGGAGCUUCGGAAGCGAUCCCCAGAUUCCAGGCUUACAACGCGACUUUGCGCAAACCGGAAGACGAGCGCGGAGUGGUGGCCUUUCGGGCUCCCCAGCCAGGACAGGGAGAAGCUGAUGCCAGCACUGGGAUCCGGAUUCACUACUUCAUGUUACCUGCCGGCUCUGUCGUGUUUGGGCCCAACGGACGGAAGACACUCAUUCACGGUGGCAAGUACAGACUGAUGUACCCCAACAUGCCUGACGAGCCCCAGGGUCUCGACACCAGCGAGCUCUUGAUCGCCAAGAACUUCAUACAAGAACCGCCUGUGUCCUGUCAGUAUGAUUGGCAGCAGCCUCUGCCUUACCAUGUGAAUAGGUCCAACAGAAGCAGUAUGAUCGCCAAUCAACCCGAGUCGAGCUUUUUCAACAAUGCAUUCGGCGCCUUGCACCCCCAGACGAGCUUUUUCGAUGAUGCAUUCGAAGCUUCGCACCCCCAGACCACCCUGAGACAAGUAGAGAUCGACAACCUUUGGCUUCCCCGAGGUGGCACCUCCCUGAACGGCAUGCCGUUUUCCCAACGCGGAGCCAAGUUCGAAUCUCCCCCCUCCCAAGGUCGCAGUGUGCAUUUCGAGCGCGCGAUGAAUAAAGUCAGGGCCUUGGAAAUAGAGCACCAGUCAAACCAGACGCCGGAUUAUCGAUUAGCUCGUGCCAGUGAAGCGCAACCUACUCUAGCGAAAGCAAUGAGGCAAGGGCUGGAGUUGCGGGUCUAUCCUGAUCUUGCUCGGGAGCUGGAGCAAUUCGAUGCCCCAGGAUUCGCUGAACAAAGAAUCACAGAGGCCCUCUCCCAAUCUCUGACGACGGAUGACCCGAAGAGCAAGACCGAUCGUUUGAUUGAGAAGGGGAACCAGAGGGAUGUGCAGGACUACAGUCAUGGAGCUAAACAGCACGUGCCGUUUCACAGCGUCUACAAUGACCAACCCCCGGAUGAGGCCACAGCUGAUCCCCGGGACAUCUUCCCGAACCCCUACGAGCUCGAGGAGCUACGCGAGCCGGCGACAGCACCGUUCCAUCAAGAUGGAGAGCCACGGGGUCCUCUGGAGCUAGGCCCUGUCAAGCAGCUAGUCGACUUGAAGCUCAACGCACAUGGCGCCUUGUACCAGUUCCGCUUCCCUCGGGGCUACUUGGUCGAGUCUCCCAGCGGAUACAUCAUGAACUUCGACACGGAUCAUAUGGAGCCCGCGGAUGGACCCAGCCAGCCCGGGAUGGGCGGUCAAUAUACUUUCGUACCACCCCGUAUCCUGGUCGAAGCUCCAGAUUUCAAGUGGUAUCCAAUGGAUGAUUUUACGAUGCUCCGGAUGUUCGUAGGGGAAGACAUGGUCAUCCUGCGCGACGGUGUUGUACUGCCGCACUUCAUGGACUUUGGUUUUCACCAGCUGAGCCGCGGGCACGACGGUAUCGAUGUCUAUGGCGAGAACGGACGCUACCAUGUCUUUGGGCUUCCUCCGGGAUUGCAGCCAGCCGGACAAGGCGACGAUCCCGACGCAAUGGAAGUCGAUGAAGAGGAAGACAUGGAGGAUAGUGAAGAAUCACCCCAACACGAAGCCCUGGGAAUAAUGGCCCGUCACCAAGCAUAUCUCGACCGCCUGGAGCAUGAGGAGAAGGAAGAGGACAGAAAGGCAAAGAGAAGAGCUGGAAAUCUCCGCGGGACGAACGGACGAUAUUCACAACCAGGUACUAAUCAAGCGUCUGGAGCUCUACAGAAAGCCCCGAAGAAAGCUGUCGAUGGAGCUACUGCCCAAGCUCACAAAGAGGAUUCCCCCGCGAUACGCAGCCGUCGUGCCAGACCGAUCAAGAAUACCACUCACGACAAACACCUUGGCCUCGUCGAGUAUAAUCCUGAAGAUCUCAAGAACGACUCUGACAGCGAUGAAGAGCCUUUCAUCGACAUCCCAGCGCGCAAGCAGAAGACACCUACACCGCGGAAAAGACGUGCUAAACCCAAGCCGAAUGGCCCUGACGGCGAUAUCCCUGCGUCGCUUCAAGGCCAAGCUCAGCAUGGACGCCCGUCUCUGCCUCUGCCUAUGUUCGAUGCGAUUGCCACUCGGGAGGCAUACCAAGCCAACCCAAAGGCCUCAAAGGCCUCAGCCAACUCCAGAAAGCGCCAGCCCACGUCCUCCACUGCCGUGGCUCAGCCCGCGGACCUCAACAUCAAUGUUUCGUCUUUGCAACUGGACGGCGCGGCAGACGAGACGAAGCCCAAGCGGAUGUACACCCGGCAGUCCAAGGCCCAGUCACAGCAGGAGGCCGAAAACACGAGCCGAAGCCCGGCUCGCCCGAGAAACACGCCCGGGAAGGCCACGUCGGCGGUGAAGGCUGCUUCGCCUGACGUUCAGAACUUGAACCGGUUCAUCUUGUCUCAGCAGGCCGAUGUUUCCAACGCGUUCGCUGCGGGUUUGUCUGCUUCCCAAGGGGCCGCUGACGCUGCUGGUACUGCGGGCCAGGACUUGCCGUCCGCAGCUCAGCAGCCUGGGGACGAAUUCAUCAAGUACGGCGACACGGAUCCGGAGACGGAUGCCGAAUAA